AUGACGCUCAACCUCGAGAGACAACUGACAUUUUAUGGCGCUUACCACCGUAACUCGGUCAACAUUGCCAUUCACAUGGUUUGCGUACCUCUGAUAUUAUUCUCUGGCUUCACCUUGGCCGCAAAUACAGGGACACUCAUCCCCUUACCUACAUACUUGACGAUACCCCAUCUCGACCUUAAUCUCGGCACCCUAGCAGCUUUUACGUGGGGUGGUCUCUAUGUCCUUCUCGAACCUGUUGCCGGAACCAUUCUGGCGUUUAUAUGCCUCGGGGCUGCCGCAGUCACGAACACCGCCGUCGCCGAAAACCCGACCUUAACGAACCAGGUCGCGCUUACGGUACACAUAGUAUGUUGGCUACUCCAAUUCGUCGGGCACGGUGCGUUUGAGGGCCGAGCGCCUGCGCUAUUAGACAACCUGACACAGGCCAUAUUUCUGGCGCCCCUUUUCGUCUGGCUCGAGUUCUUGUUUAAGUUUGGCUACAGACGAGAACUGCAAAGCCGCGUUUCGAAAGCCGUCCAAGUGGAAAUCGCCAAGUUUAAGGAACGAAAGGCUGGUGCGGCGAAGAAUGGAAAGGCUCAAUGA